CUCUCCUAAUCCAUUUCCAUCUAACAUGUCUCUCUCUCUUUCUUCAGAUCUCUCAAUUUCGAAUUUACAAUGGGACCUUUUGUGUUACUGUACCCCCGCUUUUUUUUGUGUUUCAAAUUCUUUUCUCCGUGGAAUAUAUAAUAUCAUCUUUGAGGAGUUUCUUAGAAUUCGGCUUUGGAAAUCCUUUAUUCAUGUCCCGUUUCCUUAGAUCUAGCUCUGAUUUCCCCAGAUCUAUAAACCAUUACUGGAUCUGCAUGUUGGUUUCUGGAAGGAAAUGCUCUCAAAUGAUGUUGGGACUCUAGUUUUGGUUCUGGGUAUAUAUCUUAAGAAAUGGAUGACGAUGGGUUUCGCAAUUGGGGUUACUACGAACCAGCGGCUGCUACAUUCAAAGGUAAUCUCGGUUUGCAGCUAAUGUCAUCCAUUGAUCGGAACACUAAACCUUUCUUACCCGGUCGAGACCCGAAUCUAAUGAUCGGGUCAAACGGAUCAUACCACCACCCAGAGCCUCCUAUCCACAUGAGCUACAAUUGGAUCAACCAACAGAAAGACAAGUUCUUCAACAUGCUGCCUGUGACAACCACUUCUCAUUACGGAAAUGUCCUUCCCGAAACUUCAUCAGCCCCGUCGAUGCAGAUGAACCUGCACAAUCAUCAUCAUCAUCAUCAAACCGAGGUAAACCCGGUUAAAUGCGAAGAAGAGAUUGUUCAGACCAAGAAGAGGAAGUCUAAUUCAAAAGCUGGCACGGCAACAAAGGCUAAGAAGCCUCGGAAACCAAAAGAGGAGAACAGCAACAACAACAACAACACGAGUGUGUCAAGAGUGAAACCGGCUAAGAAAAGUGUCGACUUGGUUAUUAACGGAGUGAGCAUGGACAUCUCCGGUUUACCUGUACCGAUAUGCACUUGCACUGGAGCUCCUCAGCAAUGUUACCGUUGGGGAUGUGGUGGUUGGCAAUCUGCAUGUUGCACCACAAACAUAUCGAUGCAUCCUUUGCCGAUGAGUACUAAACGCCGUGGAGCGAGGAUCUCGGGAAGGAAGAUGAGUCAAGGCGCGUUUAAGAAGGUUCUUGAGAAACUUGCUUCUGAUGGGUUUAACUUUGGGAACCCGAUUGAUCUCAAGAGCCAUUGGGCUAGACAUGGUACCAACAAGUUCGUCACGAUCAGAUGAUUAGUAAAACUUAAUGGGAUAGCAAAAAAAGAAGAGUAUUACCGGCGGUUUUUCUGAUCUCUUCCGGGAUGGAAUCAGUCAACAAUGAUCGUGUACAUAUACAAGAAUUCUGAAAUCUGUGACCUUUUUUUUUUUUAAUUCAGUCUGCAAUCUGAGUUUGAUUCUGUUUUCAGGUAACCUUCUUCGUAUUAGGGUUUGGAAGCAGUUUUUACUUCUUAUUAUCAUACCUUCGCUUUAUUUUGCUUGGAGUCUGUUUGUUUGUUUGUCCGAAGAAGUAGGUGUCUGAGAAAACUUGCAGCGAAGUCUUUUUUUUCGUCCCUUUUUUUUGUUUCCUUUUGUUAUAAACAUUUUACUGACUUGUAAGCUCAUGUAACAGAUAUUCUUUUCAAUUAAAUGUUUUUAUUUUUCAGAUUA